GGGGCCUCGUUCCUUCUUUAAGGCUCCUGAGGUCAACGCCCCGACUGUAUUCUGCGUGCCUUCUGGCAGCAGGAUGGCCGUGCGGCUUUCGCCCACGAGGCGGGCGGGGUGGCUGUCUGCAUCCGGGGGCGUCUGCCUGUGCGCAGCCGCGGCCUCCUCCGCGGGCGGAGGCGCGCGGGCGGGCCCGGGCGUGGGCGUCUUGUUUGUUUGA